CGCGCGCUGGAUGCUGGGAAAAUUGGCCAUUGUUUACAGUGGAGACGGAAUUUCUGUGUUUAUUUCUAGCUGUGACCUGGCAAAAAUGGAGUAGAAUUAAAAGACAUGUUGGCAUGAUUUGUCGGUAGCGAUCAGUUGGAUCGAUAACAACAAUUAAGAAUGGAUUCUCCAGAAAGUAAAAAUGCAGAUGCAAAGAGUGCAACUAGCAAAACAUCCAUCAAUGUGAAACUUCCAUCAGCCCAAAAUGUUGAAGAACAGUGGAAGAAGGCCCCUAGCCCAGGGGCUGUGCGGCGAAAGGCUCCCACACAUCCACAGUCCCAAUAUGAUUCUGCUAGGAGGUCUCCCUCAGCCCCUCAACUGACUGGUGAGUUUGUGGCCACACUGGAAGGUCAAGAGUUCGGACAGUAUCGCCACUCCACUAACACACCCCUGAGUGACCGGCUAGUCAACAAGGAGCAUCGCAGCCCCACCCCUGGGAGACAUCUCAGACAACCAGCAGUGUCUGAGGGGGAGAUGAUACGCCAGGCGGCUGCCUCCAUAAUUGAGAAGUCCUGGAUAGGCUACCGCGACAGACAGAUGUUCAAACUGCUCAAGCAUGCUGUGUGUGCAGCUGAAAACUCUUUGUCAAAUGAGAUUUUGAGGAAAGUUGCACCGAAAGAAGCUGAAUUUAUGAAUGACAAAUGCAGUGAAGUACGAGUUAGAUUUAGGUUUGGAGGUGGAGAAUUCCCUCCUAUGAUAUUCUUUAAGGUGUUCAUCCAUUCUGAUGGCAAGGGAGUUAAGUACCUCAGUGGAAAAAGAGUUAUUAAACCUGCUACUGGGGCUGCCGAAGAUGCCUUAAAGCUGAUGGGGAAUCGACAGUUCUACGAGCAGAUGCUGCAAGACGCCAUGUUUCAGAGGAAAUACAAAAUUACAGACGAGAUUGAUGUCACCACCCUCAAGGAUUAUAUGCAGUAUCUCACCAAUAUUGACGAAACUCCAGCAAAAAUGGGUGGGAAAGAAAAUUACUGGAGAAAACUAACACUGGAUGUGUUGCCACGGCACACAGUGUUUUAUGAUAUAAUCGACUUCCUGUACAACCAUCGCAUGACCCCGCGUUUACGAGAGGAAAUCCCCCUGCUGAUCACUCGACCUAUCACACAGGAUAUUCAGAUUCAACACAUCAGAGCAGUCUCUGAAAUGAGGAGCCCAGAUGUGCCUAUGCCGACACCAAAGUCAAAGAUGUCAGGCAUCACGAGUCAGGUGUCAGGUCGAAGGUCAAAGCAAGCCCGAAUUCGAGCCAUGAAGAUGAGGAAAAUGUACGGACUGGAUAGGCACGAAUCUAGCCUCAUGGUUAGAAUCCCAUUGUUGGGAUUGCAAGAGGAUGAAAUGUUGGACUCCCGUGGGCAGACUGCAGUGUCCGAGGAGCCCGAGGACUAUUUCGACAAAUAUGGGAUCACAGGGGAAUACGGGGAGGAGGGCGACCAAUGGGAGAGGGAGGCCAAGAAACUGUACGAGUGGACGCAGGAACUCUCCUUCAACGAUGAUCUUAUUGGAACGCCUAGACUGAUAUCUGGAAAUAUCUCUUGAAAUCGGCUUGGGAAGUUUCAUAGUGUAAUGAACAUUUGCUGUGAUGAACUUCUAUUGCCUUUCAGCAUUGGUGGAGAUCAUUUUAUGGAUGCAUUUUAAGUCUGUGUUGUUGGUUGUUGUGCAUAAAGGUAGCUAUUUCAGCGGCACUUUUUGCGUAUGUUAUAAAGUACUUAUUUGAUAAAGUUGUUUAUUAAAUUAAUGUAAUUUAUUAUUUUAUAUGUGCUUGUUUUUUAUUUGUAUAUGGUGCAAAUGCAAAAUAUUUCACUUUCUUGAGUUUUUUUGUGUUAUUAAGCCAAACAUUGUUACAUGUUUAUUAAACUUGCUUAUUUUGAGCUACCUGAUGUGUGGAAGUCCCAACUUAACACCUGAACUUGCUUAAAUCAAACUUGCUUAUAUGUCAAAGUGGAAGCUCAUUCUCGACCUAACACCUUCUUAUUUAAAAAAUAAAAUUGUUGUAUUGAA